AUGUUCCGACGUAAAGCCAAAGAAUCGCAACUACCGGUGUAUGAGAAAUUACAGUCACCGAAUACGGAGACGGGUAACUACUCGAACGAGGAUGACCUCUCCGACAUUAGUGACGACAGCUACGACGAUGAGUCGGAUUACUCUUCAUCGUCAUCACCGAGCACCAACCACUCGAGGCAGACUUCAUCGUCGCACUCUUCUACCGCGAUCAUGCUGCCCAAAAGAAGGGCAUUCGAGGCUCGCCCACGGCGACCAGGCCGCCCGUAUUUCUAUCGUUUGCCCAACAAAGUGAUUCGCUAUCUCUGCCUCGGCAUGAUGACCACCAUCAUCAUCUUCAUAGUCAGCCUCGUUCGGGCGAGCCAGCUUGAGAACAGGAGGAUAGCCAACGGAGACAUAGACAGAGCUAAGGCUCCUGCACCGCCCGCUCCAUGGGAGUCGUUCGAGUUCCUGACAAGAUACUACGGUGGCGUCAAAAGCCUCUUGCCUCUGUCAGAAAAUGUUCCGCAGUAUCCGCGGGAUCAAGACGAGCAACCUUACAUGGCCAAUGACACCGGGAACCCACAAGUUGCUGCGUCUGAUGUCAACAUCCAAACACACACGGUUAAGGACGGGCCAUUCCCCAACAGCAAGCCUUUCAGUAGCUAUCCUGGCUCCGUGCUCGUGCAAGAUAAGGCCGAAAUCGUCGAGUGCUUCCUGGAUGCACAAGGCACCGUCAGGGUCCCCUCCCUUCAGUACUUUGAAGGCCGGCCCGACGGCUUCCCGCAGCACGUCAUGGGCUCCUACGACUUGCUGUCCCUUCCCGAAGACGUCUGCUUUGAGCGCUUUGGCAAAUUUGGGCCGUACGGCUUUGGCUACUCUGUCAGCAGUGGUGGUCUUGGUGUUGGGGAGCAUGGUGAGAGGGAAGGUGUCGAGGCUGUCUGGCAAGAUAUCCGGCAGGUUGACUACCGCACCGUCGACUGGGCUGAUGCUCAACAGCGUUGCUUCCAAGCCAACGCCAAACGUUUCAAACCCCUCACCUCACGGUUCGAGCCGUCACGCGGAUUUUACAUUCACGGGGAAGCAACGGAGGCCAAGAACUCCAGUAUCCAUCCUCGAGACUCGAAGGUUGCCGCCGAGCAGCGGAAAGGUGACAAAGGGCUCUCGCAGUCGGAUGAGCCACCAGCAACCCAGAGCCAAGAUCUUCCCAGAACUGCUGUUGUAGUCCGGUGCUGGGACGAAUACCCGUGGACGGCCGAGGAUAUUGCAAACUUACGCUCUCUCAUCUCUGAGCUAUCCCUUGCUUCGGGUGCUCGCUAUGAUGUCCACCUGCUGGUGCAAGUCCGAAAUGAUGCCAAACAUCCAGUCUGGGCUGACGACGAGACAUACCGACAGCGGAUCAAGGACACAAUCCCUCAAGAAUUCCAAGGCUUGGUUACUCUCUGGACCGAGACGCAGAUGUUGUCCUUGUACCAAGGUAUCCAUGAUCUCUUCAGCCGAGGUCCUGAUUUACCACUUCAUGGAGUGUAUAGGGGUCUGCAGAUGGCCAUGCAAUUCUUCGCGUACAACCACCCCGAGUAUGACUACUUCUGGCAAUGGGAGAUGGAUAUGCGCUAUACCGGCCACUACCUCGAUCUCCUGACCAAGAUGGAGCGAUGGGCCCAGGAGCAGCCUCGAAAAGGCCUCUGGGAGAGGAGCGCUCGGUUCUACCUGCCAGAGGUCCACGGAAGCUGGGAGGAUUUCAGGCAGAUGGCUCGCGUCCAAACAGAAAUGGGCACGACCAGCGCGGACAAUAUGUGGAAAGGUCUUCCUGGCAAGGAGAAGGCCCCGAGUGAGGUGACCAAGGGCGAGCAAACCAUCUGGGGACCUGUCCGUCCGGCCGAUCCCAACGACUGGUUUGAGCAUGAGGAUGAUCCUGAGCCGCCGACCGUAUAUGAGAAGGACAAGUACACAUGGGGCGUUGGCGAAGAGGCCGACCUCAUCACCCUCAACCCCCUAUUCGAUCCGGAGGGUACCACUUGGCUUCUGGCCAAUGACAUCACCGGCUACAACGAAUCAGCCGGCAACGGCAAACCCCCACGGAGAGCCCAGAUCAUCACGGCCUCCCGGAUGUCCAAGCGGAUGCUCCUCAAGAUGCACCGCGAGACUGCCUUCAAGAAGCACCAUGCGUUCCCCGAGAUGUGGCCCGCCACCAUCGCGCUGCACCACGGCUACAAGGCUGUCUUCGUCCCGCACCCGGUCUACGUCGACCGCGAGUGGCCGGUCGAGUACCUCGCGCAGAACCUCAACGCCGGCAAGAACGGGGCCACGGGUGGCUCGCGCAUGUCGGUCUUUGGCCAGCGCGAGCACAACCUGCGCGGCCUGUCGUGGUUCUACAACUCGGGCUUCGCGCACAACCUGUACCGCAGGUGGCUCGGCCUCAAGGUCAACAACGACGGUGGCGAGCAGUUCGAGAUGACGGCUGAUGAGAGCAAGAGCGACACGACUGUGCCCGAUAUGCGAGGCGGCGAGGGCCGCAUGUGCCUGCCUCCGAUGCUGCUUCAUCCAGUCAAGGAGAUCAUCCUGCCCGUCGAGGAGGAAAUUGUGGAGGGCGUUGAGGCCGGCGAGGUCUUGGAUGCUGCGGCUUGA